GUAAAUGUCACUUAAUAACUUCUUUAAGUAAAAGUAGUAAAUUCAAAAAGAAAAAGAGGAAAAUGAUAAGUAUAAUAAAUAAGUAAAUGAAGAUAACAAAAGAAAGAUUAAUUAGAUUAAAAACUCAAUAUAUAAUCUGUAUAAUUGAAAGCUCGUGCAACUUAAAGAAUUGAGGCAUUUUAAGAAACUAUGAUGUCCAAACAAUAUGUGGAUAGUUUAAAAAAUGGAUCAUAUCCAUUAUUACCAACAAGCAAUCAUUCAUUUCGUGAUAGAGAUAAAAACAAAGAGAUGGAAAAAAUGGGAGGAAUUUACAUAAAAACGUAUUUUUGAGAAUAAAUUAACUAGAUAACAAAUACCUAAAGCAAGAGCAUAAACAGCAUAAUAAGAAUUUAGAUCUGGUCAUUUAGCAACUGGAGAAUUUGAUCCAAAUAUUCCAACUAAGAAUCAUGAAAAAUGGUUAAAACCAAAAGAUUUAUCGAAAUAGGGAGAACCUAUGAGAUUUGGUUUAAACUAUAGAACUGAGGUUGAGAGAGCAAAUUAAGAAAUAAAAAAAGUUAGUGAGCAAUUAGAUGUCUAAGUAUUUGUUUUAUUAACAAUUUUAAAGAAUAAAGAUUUAAAAAUGUUAAUAAGACCUAGUUGGAAAGAAGAACAUAAAGAAAAAUGGUUAGAUAAUAAUACAUUUAAUAUAUAUCCAUGUUUAUAUGAUGGUCAUAGGAGUGAUUAACCUUGGGAAUAACAUCCUAUUAAUUUAGAUAAUCAAAAUAAUUAAUAUAUUGAUGGUUAUGAAGUUAUUGGAGAUCUUUCAAGAUAAAGAUUCAAAGAAAAAGAAGUAUUUUUAUAUUCUAUAUAAAUCAGCAUAAAAGAACUGAUUUUAUAUCUACUGUUAAAGAAGAUCAAAUUGGAACUACUAUUCAUAUAUCAAGAUCUUUAAGAACAAUGAAAUAAGAUAAAAUACUUAAUAUGCAAUCAAAUUAUGAUGAAUAUUCAAAUAAUAAAUAAAUCGAACACUAUAAAUCUACAUUAUUAUAAACUAAAAGUAUAGAUCAUGUUACACCACAUUAACAUAGUAAUAAGUAAAAAAAAUAUUUAUAUUCUAGUUACAAAGGUCAUUCUUUACAUAAUCUAAGACCAUAACAACCUACUAAAUUGUAUAGAUAAUCUGUUAAUUAUCUAAAUCAAAAAAUAAUAACUAAAUAACCACCAUAAUAAACUGCAAUUAUUUAAAAUAAUUUCACUUCUCAAGAAGAUUAACCAACUUAAUAAAUGUUGACUGCAGAUUUAUUCAUUCCUAAAUAGAAAUUAACUUAAAUUUAAGAAGUUUCUUAAGUUUAAAUUUAAAGUCAUCAUUCAAAUAAUCCUUUCAGUAGAGAAUCCUUAGCUUCAUAAGGAGGACCUAGAUCAAGAUUCAUGGAUUAAUAUAAAUUAAAAAAAACAGACUCUGGAUAAAUGAAAUUAGGAUAUCCUUAUCAUUUAGAAGAUGAUGAAACUACUGCUAAGAUUAUAGUCAAAUAUUUUCAAGAAGAAAAAAAAUGA